AUGUUCCUCCUCACCCUCUCCACAAACAUCAUCCUCACACUCCUAGCCCUUCUCCCCCGUCACACCACCGCAGCCCCAACAUGUGGUCUCGUAAGCACGAUCAACGACACCCUCCUCCCCGUAUACAUGGGAAACUUCUUCUACCGCGGCCCCACGACCUUUGCGCUCUGCGCUCUGUACUGCAAGAACGCCGCGCCGCGAUGUCAAAGUUUCCGGUAUUCGUACUGGAGCGAUGCGGAUGCGCAGUAUUGCGAGUUUUACGAGUAUGGACUAGACGGAAAUGCCACAGCGGAUGACGCCCAACCAUACUGGUAUUACGACAUCGAUUGUGCAUUUCCGCCUUACGCCGAGACCACAAUAUCAACGACUACAGCCACAGCAGCCGUUCAGACAGUACAACAGAUUUCCACACAAACACAGAUCGAAACCGAAACCGUCACCUCGAUCUCUGUUCCGCCAGCCGUAACACAGACACAGACACGCACUAUCAGCCAGAUACAGACAGCUACCGUAACGCGUACCAGCAUCCCGAGCGCCUUCGCCGUAACUGUAACCUCGACCGUGGUGCAGUACCAAACCCAGUCGUCCAACAGCGCAUUACCACAGCUACAGUUUCAUCAUGCACCGUUUCCCUGA